AUGGUCAAUGAUAUCAAGGCGGUGAGUCUCUCCAAUGAUUUAUCCAAAUUUGCUGAUAAUAUUGCAAUAAUAGCACCAGUUUAUGAUUACGAAGAUUCAACUGGGGAUGAAGUAGAAAACAUGAAGCUAUGGUCAAACGAGAAUAGAAUGUCUUUAAACAUGCAGGAGAAAACCUAUGAAAUGAUAGUUCGCGGAAAAGUGUCUACUCCCUUUCCGGAUCACAUCCCAUCCAUAAAACGAAAGAAUGGCUCAAAUUUUUGGGUGUCACGAUGGAAGACAUACCUGAUAAACAUUUCGAAGAGAUGA